UGGGAGGAGUCUGACAUGCUAACGAGUGGGCGUGUCCCAGCGAGUAGGAGGCGGUGUGUGACGUCAGAGAGGGGCUGUCCCAGUGACGUUGUUUCUCUCAGCUGUUCCGCAGUACAAUGGCAGCCGGAGGGAUCCCGGGCGAGGCCUGUGGGAGAGAGUCGGUCGGUCGGUAACGGAGAGCGGCGUGCGUCUCUAUCAGUGAAGAUCAUGGCGAGUCCGGUGGUGCGUGAGAUUGACAAGCAGUUCCUGGUCUGUAGCAUCUGUCUGGAGAGAUACCACGUUCCCAAGGUGCUGCCCUGUCUGCACACGUUCUGUGAGAGAUGCCUCCAGAGCUAUAUCCCACCCCAGAGCCUGACCCUCUCCUGCCCAGUCUGCCGCCAAACCUCCAUCUUGCCUGAGAAAGGAGUCUCCGCCUUGCAGAACAACUUCUUCAUUACAAACCUGAUGGAGGUCCUGCAGCGCAGCCCAGAGAGUGGGCGCCAGGAGCAGAGUGUCCUGCCGAGUGAGGGCCAAGUAGCCGGGACCCCAUUAUCAUGCCCAAACCAUCAGGGCAAGACAAUGGAGUAUUACUGUGGCCCCUGUGAGACGGCCAUGUGUGUGGAGUGCACCGAGGGGGAGCACCGGGAGCAUUGCACCGUCCCACUGAAAGAUGUUCUGGAGCAACACAAGACAUCACUACGCAACCAACUGGAGAGUAUUAGGAGCAGGAUUCCUCAGCUGACCUCGGCCAUUGACCUUGUGACUGACAUCAGCCGACAGGUGAGCGAGAGGAAGAAUUCGGCCGUCAAUGAGAUUUGCUCUGCCUUUGAGGAGCUGGAAAAGGCUCUUCAGCACAGAAAGAAUGCUCUGCUGCAGGACCUGGAGGCAAUCUGUUUGAACAAGCAGAAGGUCCUCCAGUCUCAACUGUCCUCCCUACAGCAAGGUUUGGACAACAUGGAGAGCAGCGUGCGUUUUACAGAACAAGCCCUGGGUCACGGCUCAGAGACAGAAGUCUUGUUGGUGAGGAAACAAAUGAGCGAGCGACUCAAUGAACUGGCCUCGCGUGAGUUUCCACUCCAUCCCCAGCAGAACCCACAACUUGAGUUUCGAGUGGAAACUGAGGGACUCAGACGCUCCCUACAGAACCUGGGGGCCCUGCUCACCACAAAUGCUGUUGCGUAUGCAUCAGUGGCCACAGGAGAAGGCUUACGCCAAGCCCUGGUCGCACAACAGACAUCAGUUACAGUUACCACCAAGGACAUGGAUGGCGAGUUGGUUCGCAGUGGCAAUGCCACCCUAAAAGCCCAAAUCACAGGCCCAGAUGGAGGAGCACAAGAGGGAGAGGUGACCGACAAUAAGAAUGGAACAUAUGAGGUUGUGUACACAUUGCGCAUAGAAGGGGAGCACCUCUUAUCUUUAAGGCUUUAUGGACAACCUCUGCGUGGAAGUCCUUACCGAGUGCGAGCAGUAAAACCUGGGGAUGUGCCGCCUUCACCUGAGGAUGUCAAGCGCCGGGUCAAGUCUCCAAGUGGGGGUCACAUUCGACAGAAGGCUGUGAGGAGACCCUCUAGCAUGUACAGUACUAACAAGAAGAAGGAGAAUCCCAUAGAAGAUGAGAUGAUACUAAGAGUGGGCUCCCGAGGGAGAGAUAAAGGGGAAUUCUCCAAUUUACAGGGAAUCUCCACCUCCUGCAAUAAUCGCAUAGUUGUGGCCGACAGCAAUAACCAGUGUAUCCAGGUCUUCACCAACGAUGGCCUAUUCAAGUUGAGGUUUGGAGUUCGGGGUAGGUCCCCAGGGCAGUUGCAGCGUCCAACAGGAGUAGCAGUGGAUUUGAAUGGAGAUAUUGUUGUAGCAGAUUAUGACAAUCGCUGGGUCAGCAUCUUUUCACCUGAGGGCAAGUUCAAGAACAAAAUUGGUGUAGGGCGUCUCAUGGGGCCUAAAGGAGUUGCUGUUGACCGUAAUGGACACCUAAUUGUAGUAGACAACAAAUCCUGCUGCAUCUUCAUCUUCCAGUCCAAUGGGAAGCUUGUGGGGAGAUUUGGGGGACGUGGACCUGGGGACAAGCAACAACCUGGAGCUCUAGAUGGCCCCCAUUUUGUGGCAGUGAAUAACAAGAAUGAGAUUGUGGUUACAGAUUUUCACAACCACUCAGUCAAGGUCUACAGCGCAGAUGGUGAGUUCCUCUUCAAGUUUGGAUCCCAUGGGGAGGGGAAUGGCCAGUUUAAUGCCCCCACUGGAAUUGCUGUGGAUUCUAAUGGAAAUAUAAUUGUCGCUGACUGGGGCAACAGCAGAAUACAGGUGUUUGACAGCUCAGGUUCAUUCCUGUCCUACAUAAACACCAUGGGGGACCCACUGUACGGCCCCCAAGGUCUGUCUCUGACCUCAGAUGGACACGUGGUGGUCGCAGACUCUGGGAACCAUUGCUUCAAGGUGUAUCGUUACCUGCAAUGAUGGGCUACAGCUUUAUCUGCCAGUUCCUCACCCAACUUUAUGUCAAGCCUGAAGUGAUGUCUUCUUCUUCUUCUUGUGAACUCAAUGUGUCCUGCAGCCAAGCUCAUCUUGUGCCAGAUACUGCUACGUGUUUUCUGCAGCACCAGAUGCACCACACCCAGCCUCACUCCUACAGACUGGUAUCUAUCCAGGCUUAUACCCAUUCCUGCCCAGCUUGGCCUUGCUGUGUUUGUGUGUCUGCCCUCAGAUAAUACUGCAAAGGAGUUGCUUCUUCAUGGAAUUCCUGCCAAGGUGGCCUCAGGACAGGGAGGUGUUUGCCUGGCGGCUGAAUGUUUACCUGGGACAAGAGAAUGGAGGCAGGAGUUGGUCUCCUGGGCUGCUGCUUCCCACUCCUGGCCAGUUUCCAGUGGAAUGUUUACAGACUGGAGUAUGUCUAUAGCUCACAUGUGGUGGUGCCAGGGCUCUCAGUGGCACAAAAUGGAUCCCAGGUGGACUUGGACUUUUGACCACUGGCUUUCUGGCCCCUGCCAACACUGCUUGCACUAGAAGGCUUGGGGUACAGAGAGGUCCUGAUUUCAGGAGGUUCCCUUCUGUGUCUCCUCAGAAUGUCCACUAAGGAGCACACUGGAAUUCUGCCUCCAGAAGGGAAUCAUUUUUUUUAGUGUUUUAGUUUGAAUUUUUUACUCCUCCGACUAAGCCCUUACCUCAAACACACCCUUAUAUACCUAGGGGCCAUGUAAAGGGCCCCACUCCCAGCAUGCUCUUUAUCUAAACCCACUGGUGAAAGCUAAAAACUCUUAAGGGCAGAUAUAGCGCAACUCCUUAUAUGUCCCCUGGCAAUUUCACGUGUCCCAGUUACAGAUUUUCUGUGGUGGGCUUCCAAAAAGUCCUUCCCUCCUCUGCAUAUUUGGUCUAUUGUAAAAUGUAUCUUUAGGGGGCAGCAGAGGAGGAACUGCCCUUUCUGUUCUCUAUCUGAGUUUUGGAAGUGUCAGCUACUCUUCUGUCUCUGAUGGGACCUAGACCUUCUGCUGCUGUUGUGUCCUUCACAUUUCAACUGCAUCUAGCGACCAGGGAGCAUAGCAACCUAAAACAGGGUAUGGGGGGGGGGGGUGUUAGGUGAGAAUAAACAGAUAUGGAAAGGGAAAUUACAGAUCAUUCCAAGUUCAAGCAAAGAGAUAGGUGGCACAGUAAUGGGCAUCCAUACAUGGAUGGAUAAGGAGAGGGGUAUAUAUAUAUAUAUAUAUCAGGUGGAGAGAAGAGACAACUCCAAAAAGUAGCACUCAUCGUGUCAAUAGAAAUGCACGGGCACCUACUACCAGGGUGGUACCUAUGAAUGACCAGGGGUAUGUGAUGGGUCAGUAACGGGCAAGAACAUGGACUGUAAGGGGGGUAUAGAAGAAACAAUGAGGGCAGGUAUUGAUGUGUUGGCUAUAGCAGGGCAUUGAGGUGCCCAUAGUAAGGCUGGUCGAGUAUAUUGUAAGAAGUUACAGGUCCUUAUGCCAAGCUCAGGCUGGCAGUGCCAAUACAUUGGGGGUAUUUAGAAUGCACAAAGGUCAUGGGACAACUAAGGGAGGAGAACUCAGGGUGGCUCUGGCACAAUGGCAGGAAUAUAGGACGCCUGCUUUUAGGGUGGUACAUUAGAAUAAAUACGAGGGGGCAUUUACUGAAUGUAACACUUUUCAGGAGUCACAGGGUCCCCCCUUUCUAGGGGGCUGCACUUUACUGUCAUAUUUCAUUCAUCUGCGCCAGACUUAGCCCCUCACCAUAGUCUGUGCCCCAUCACAAUGUCACACUCAACCUCAAUUCUUGGGGUACACUCCACUGCACCGUGCUGAGGGGUGAGUGGCACCGACUUGCUAUAGAGUUCCAAGAAACAGACUAUAAGGUUUUUGGGUGUGCUGAUAAAGGGGCAGCUGAUGGAGGGUCGCCACAAUAAACACAGGGCAUCACCCAAUGGAAAAGCAUUUGCACAUGUGGUCCUUUAAAUUUCAGCUCCCAGCCGGGGCCACACUUACUGCUGGGGCCAAACAUUCUGUGGGGUUUAAGGGAAAGCAAGAGCUGCCAUUGAAUGUAUCUGGGCUCAUUCUCAUUGGGGUUUCAUACCAACCUGGGGAAAGACGGGAAGUGGAACCUCAAGUCUACUGACUCCCUAACAUUGGCCGUUAGACUAGUCAACGACUCCCCCUCCAAAUCCUGUUCCAUCUCUUUGUGUCUACACUGGGGCCCCAUGUAUUUAUAUAAAGCAAUGACUUGCCCCCCCCUGUACUUUAUACUAGAGUUGAGUGAGAAUUAUGGGGGUGUCCCGGCUGUGCUGUUACUCUGUACUUACACUGAAUGUAACAUAUACUGGGGUGCAAUAUGGAACCUGCGUGCAAUGGGACAUUGGAACAAUUUGCCCCUGUGACUCUCAUGCCAAAUAAGCUCUCGCCCUGUGUACUUGGCACAUUGAUGGGGGGGCAGCGACACAUACUGGGGGGCACAGAGAGAGAAUGUUCUAAACCUUCAUUUGUUCUCAUACAAAAGAAAACAAUAUGGCAGCUCCAUGGUAUAUCUAUACUGUAUAUACACACACAUGAUUUAGCCUGUACGUGUCAUUGGAGAACAUUGUGACAUCACCCGCCUAUAGGAGUGAAGAGAAACGGAAUGAAAAGAGAAUGUGGCCAAAGAGAGAUAAAGGACUGAGCAAGUUGUUGGCCAAAAGUCUCAUUGUUCCACCAAAUGUUUAGUAAAGAGGAAGAAAUAAACUGCUCACAGCAAAUAAACUUGUAUCUCACUCACUGUC